UGCAUGCGUAGCAGGGGAGGUGUGGUGGUGUCGUGAGUAUGCGCAUGCGGGGUCAGGCGGCUCUGGGCUUCUGAAAGCACCGGGAGGUGAAGGGGAGAGAGCACGGCUCUGAGCACAAAAUACCGGGGAGAUAGCUGUUUUCCCAAAACCAUGUUAAGUUCAGGGAAGGAAAAUUUUCGGCUGAAGAGCUACAAAAACAACUCUCUCAAUCCUGAUGAGAUGAGAAGGCGACGGGAAGAGGAAGGGCUGCAACUACGGAAACAGAAACGUGAGGAACAGCUAUUCAAACGUAGAAAUGUUGCAAAUACAGAACAGGAAGAGGAAGAGGAAGAGGUAAUGAGUGACAGUGGAUUCCACGAGUCUCAAGUAAACAUGGAUAUGGCUUUGACUGGAGUAAUCACCUCGGACAUGGUACAGAUGAUUUUCUCUAAUAAUUCUGAACAGCAGCUGGCUGCUACCCAGAAAUUUCGGAAACUUCUUUCCAAAGAACCCAAUCCUCCUAUUGAUGAAGUGAUCAACACACAAGGAGUAGUGGAAAGAUUUGUAGAAUUCCUCAAAAGGAGGGAAAAUUGUACUUUGCAGUUUGAAGCUGCAUGGGUACUGACAAAUAUUGCAUCAGGAAGCUCAUUACAGACCCGCGAGGUCAUCAAAGCUGGUGCUGUGCCUGUCUUUAUUGAACUGUUAACAUCAGAUUUUGAAGAUGUACAGGAACAGGCAAUCUGGGCCCUUGGCAACAUUGCAGGGGACAGCACCAUGUGCAGGGAUUAUGUAUUAGACUGUAAUAUACUGCCUCCUCUCAUUCAGCUGCUAUCAAAACCUAACCGAUUGACGAUGACAAGGAAUGCUGUUUGGGCACUUUCAAAUCUGUGUAGAGGGAAGAAUCCUGCUCCGGAAUUUUCAAAGGUAUCUCCCUGUCUCAGUGUUGUGUCCUGGCUGCUGUUCCUGAAUGACAUAGAUGUUCUGGCUGAUGCCUGCUGGGCUUUGUCAUAUUUAUCAGAUGGACCCAAUGAUAAAAUCCAAGCCGUAAUAGACUCGGGAGUUUGCAGAAGAUUAGUGGAACUAUUGAUGCACUGUGACUAUAAGGUGAUCUCACCAGCUUUACGUGCAGUAGGAAAUAUUGUAACAGGCGAUGAUACACAGACUCAGGUAAUUUUAAAUUGCUCUGCUUUGCAGAGUUUAUUGCACUUAUUGAGCAGCCCAAAAGAGUCGAUCAAAAAGGAAGCGUGUUGGACCAUCUCAAAUAUUACAGCAGGCAAUAGAGCACAGAUACAGGCUGUGAUAGAUGCCGACAUCUUUCCUGUCCUAAUAACUAUUCUACAGACGGCAGAAUUCCGGACAAGGAAAGAAGCUGCUUGGGCCAUUACCAAUGCAACAUCUGGUGGAACUCCUGAACAAAUCAAAUAUAUAGUGGAAUUGGGCUGCAUUAAACCAUUGUGUGACUUGCUGACUGUUAUGGAUGCAAAGAUCGUUCAGGUGUCACUGAAUGGUUUGGAGAAUAUCCUUAGACUGGGUGAACAGGAAGCUAAACAAAAUGGAACAGGAAUAAAUCCUUACUGUGCAUUAAUAGAGGAAGCCUAUGGUUUGGAUAAGAUUGAAUUCCUGCAAAGCCACGAAAACCAGGAUGUUUAUCAAAAAGCGUUUGAUCUAAUAGAGCAUUAUUUUGGUACAGAAGAGGAGGAAGAUGCCAAUAUUGUCCCACAAGUCGAUCUUAAUCAGCAGCAAUACAUCUUUCAACCGCACGAAGCUCAGAUGGAGGGCUUCCAGCUGUAAGCACGAUCACUGAGGACUACUGACUCCACUUGAGACACACACACACUUCUCCCAGCGCUGUUGGGACUGACAAGUUUGUGGGAGGGGGGAUAAGAAGGAACUGCACCUGGACACAGUGAUAAUUAUACACCUAUACAGGUGAAUGAUGCUAGUAAGAACUUGCUCAGAUAGCUGGUUCUUAUUAACAAAAGGUUGUAUGUAGGUGUAUAGAAAAGCACGUAUUUACAUACAGCACACUCUACAAAGCUACAUUUGGGAACCACACAAAAAGUAUGCUAUAUAUGAAGGUUGUAUUCUUGUGUGUAUAAUAAUGUAUGUAUAUAAACAUUCAAAUAGGGGUUAGGGAAAACUCAGCAAAUUUGCACCACCUGACUCUUCCAUCUUAAAUACUUGUAUCCUUUGCUGUGGCUCUGUUCUUUCUAUUGUGAUGUUUAAUAUUGCUGAUUUUUUUUUUGUUUGUAAAAAUCAAACUGGUGCAAUAUCAAUGUAGGUAAACUGAUGGACUGUCUACCCAGUAAUGCCCUGCAUCUAAUAACUUUUCACUUACAUUUUAUAUAGUUAAUGACAAAUCUAUUAGAAACAGAAUUGUGAUCAUUCCUUACUGUGGUUUAAUUGAGAGAUGGCUGGUCUUGGAGUUAUGAACAUUACUUCCUUCUGCUCAGUUUUAUCAAUCUGGCAAAUCGCACCAGUGACGAGAUCCACUGAACUACUUAACCUUUACUUUGUGGAAAUUCUAAACAUAAUGUAAAAGAAUUUUUUGUAGCUCCAUAUUUUAAAAUGUUCUUGUGAAAAUUAGACAAGAUUUCUGUUGGAGUUGUAAAGCAGAGAAAUUUAAGUUCAUACGCAUAAGGGUCUGUGAUUGGUAGUGAAUUAUAUUGCAUCCAUGAGAAAAUCAGCAAUUCAGCAGUAGGAAAUAUUGGAACUACACUGGCAACACCUGAAGUGGCUAGUAUACAGUAAUUGCACUGGAGAGUCAUUGAGUAGAGGUUUAUUCUAGAACCCAUUCUGAUAUCUGUAUGCGUUUAAAAUGUAUUUAGCGCACUGUGUACAUUAGAACCAGAAAUCAUUUGCUUGUUAGUUCAUAUUAAUUAAAAUCCUCUUACCACUUAGGAACAGUGUUCGGGGCAAUGUAACUGCCUUUCUUUUCAGAACAAGGUUAAAAUAAGCCCAUUCCAGCUUUCCUUACCUCUGAUGUUAUCUUAAUUUGUAGUCUAAUGAUUUAGUGAGUGCAAACUGGAGGGAAGUUAGAUGGAAGAAAUGGUUUGCACUGAAAAGCCAUGAAGAACAAUCGCAGCAGAAUCUGAACAAGAGGUGUCACCAAAAUGGCUGGACAGUAUAUUUUUGAAGGACUGUCACUUUACAAAUCUUUCAUUGAUGCAAAUCAAUGGCAAUCAUCCUGUUCAACUGACCUUGUCAUUUCAACCUUCUAACAAACUACCAAUGUUCAUCACUUGGAUAAUUAUUUUCCUAUUAUGUAAGAAAAGAAAGACUACUGGUUUAGGCUUGAGACCCAAAAGCUGGAAUUGUGUUUUGAUGUCAGUGUCAUGUCAUUGCCUGCACGUGUAAAGAGAUCGUAUGGCUAUUAACAGUUAUUUUGCUGCGGUUUCAUGCUGGGGGUGCAGUUAAUACAGUUUUGUGACCAUACUCUUGAUACUAUGAUUAAUACCGAUUUCUUGUACUUCAUUGGUACUUGCUACAAUUUCUUCUAGGGAUGUAAGUUGCCCUGGUCAAGAUCCAGUUGUAUAAAGGAGUUGCUGUGUGCUUUCUAAAAUAUAACUUUAAUAUGCCAUUA